UUUCGUGACAGUAUGUGUGCACAUACUCGGAAGUUGAUCAUUUUGCAACCUGUAUAAACAAUUAUAUUCCUUAAUUAUUUUCGUAUCGCAAAUGCGGUGCAGACAAAUGCGUAGACGUAAGUGUUAAGCUUCGUACAGUUUCAACGACAGAAUAUCAAACUAAGAUAACCUAGCAUGGCGAGAAGAUAUAGUGGUAUUAGUGAAGUAUAAAGAGUGUUGGUGCAUUGCGCUGUGGAGCAUUACAAGUUUCCGUGCAGUUGUAUUCGCGUCGUUGAUACGUAACCGCGUAAAAACACAUAAUCGAAUCACUCUUUGCUUUUACCGGCAAUCAAUUUAAAAACUCAUUCCACGAAUUGUUUAAUUCUCUCUUUAUUGUUAUUAUACAAUAAACAGAGAAUAUUGAAGAUGACGUAUGCAAAGUUAUUAUUUGCGUUUGGACUUUCCAUGAUUUUAGCAAGUGAGGGUCAAACUAACGAUUGGCUGUACGGAUUCAACAUGGAUUUGAGCAAAUUUCAACAACAAAUACAACAAGGUGUUCAGAAUUUACAGAAAAAUAUACAAAGUAGUGUAGCUAAGACUUUGGAAGAUGUUGAUAAAGUUACUUCGCAAAUUCACGAGGAUGUUGCAAAGGCUGCUAAAAAUGGACAUUAUGACAGUGUCGUUAGUGUAGGUAAUGGUGGUACAUUUAUUUCAAGUGGUGGUUCUGGUACAGUUAUCAGUAAUGGUCCUGGCACAUCGAAAAUUAUAACGUCAGGAAAUCUUCCAAAUGGUGACCCAUACAUCCGUGAAAUUGAGGAAAAAGUCAUAGGCAAAGUUCUUUAUCAUACUGAGAGGUUCUACAAUCAAAAGACAAAAAAGGACAAGAGAACUGGAUAUACUCUGGACCUUAAUGAUCCGAACGCUGAACCUGUCCCUUUAAACACUCGCUAUUAAUAUUAUCCUGACAAGGUUUCUAAAUAUGCCUGUAAUUAUGACAUUCGAUGUAAUUAACAAAAUUGAACAAAUUCAUUUGAAGAUUUAUUUUAUAUAAUAAAUUAGAAAAUUAAUUUUUUUUA